AUGACUACAACGACAGCAGCAACGAUGGGGUUAGACCUUGAAAAGUUAACCAAAGGAUGGUCCGAUAAAUUCAAAUUUGUUCUGGAAGAUGAGUCGAAAAAAAUCGAAAUCAGUGAACUUUCAUCGCCAGAUUUAAAAUUGGAGGACAGUGAUUCAUCAUGUUUAUUAAAUGCGGCAUCCAUCAAUUCCAGCAGCAAUACCACAACUAGUGAUUUAUAUCUUCAGUCCAUAUUAUCAUCAGCGCCAUCUUCAGCAACAGCAAAAACAACAGAAGCAUGCACGGGCAAUAGCGAUUGUGUUUGCUAUAAAUGCCAAAGACAGAGACGACGAGCGGUCACUUUCAGAAGUAUAGCGCCAAAAGCACUUAGCACCAUAAAUGCCUAUACUCCACUGGACAAAUUGCAGACAGGCACUAGUACAGAGAAUGACCUAUCAUCUCGAGCUUGCCCUGAACAAUUUGCUGCUAUUACUUCUAAUGAGAAAACGCUAGAUGCUGUGAAAGAGAAUCAGGAAGCGCUUCUCAAACGGCACCAAUCCGUUUUAAAUACAAUAAUCAAUCCACCAGGUGAAGCAGCACAGCAGCAGUUAGCCAACAAAACAUCGUCAAAAAAGAGAACCAAUACAUUGAGAAAGACACCCACAAUAAAGUCUUAUGAAAAGCACAUGCCACCACCUGAGUAUCCAGAAGAUGACAGUAUAUAUCGUACUGAAAAGCAGAGAAGAAAACUGAUUGUAAGUCAGCAAACGAAGGAUUUAGCAGCUGGUGGAGUAUCUUCUCGAAAUACGAUAAGUUUAGAAGAGCAAUCCUGCUACCGUUUCCCGCAAAAACAACAACAAAGUGAUGAUUACAAAAUUUCCUGGAAAGAAGAUGAGACAGGUGAUGAUUUGCUGACAUCGCUGGUCACUUUUCAAACAAUUUUUGAAGAGAAAGGCAGCACAAAUGAAGGCUUAUCUGAUCUUUUAGAGCAACGAGCAAAAGAACUAAAAUACCAAAAGCUGAAAGAAAAGGAAGAGAAGGCGCGGCAGUCAAAAUCAGGAGCAGAUUUGCCACCAAGGUUACCAGACUGUUUAACCCUAAGUUAUCGUAAUGGCUCCAGACAUACAUCCCUUACACUAUUUCACACGAUGAAAAUGAAAAAUGAGAAGGCCAGGACUCAAGCGUAUGACGCUGCUUUUCAUCAGUGUAUGCAUGCUGAUAGUAGUAUGCGACAAUGGCUCAAAAGAAAACGCGAGGCACCCAAACAAGAGAAUUCAAGAUUGAUACAGACUGUUAGACGAUCAACGGUCAAAAAAGGCUUUUUGACUUCGCUUUCAGGCAGAAAGAAUAAAAUCACCAGUAAUGACAAUGUGUUUCAGUUGACGAGUGGAUCUUUAUCAUCUACCAAUGAAGAAUGUUCAAACUAUUGCAACCCUGUCCUUAUUGCGAAUGGAACUACUGUAGACAAACGUUCAAUGGACAUUGAAAACGUGAAUAUCAGAACAAGACAACAACAGCAGCAAACGCCUCAUUCUCAAGAUGGAACUAUGGAUCCAAGUACAUUAACACUGCAGCCGCAACUGCCAGAAUUACCGAUCGAUAUACCAUUACAGCAAACAAAAGGCUCGUUUGACUAUAACGAAGCCUGGUCACGGCUAGUCCCAAUAAACAUACCGUUCACUAUCAGUAAUAAUGACAGGAAGGAGAACAGGGAUAACAGUAGUAUCAUUUCGUUGGAAUCAAAUAAUAGUAAAAAAGCACAAGCCAACAUUUUAAGAACAAAAUCAAGUCGUUUAUUUUCAUCUAUUGGGAGAAAGGCUUCAAUAAAACCACCCAAAAGCAACUCAAGUCAAAGGACACCCUCAAUACGUUCAUUUGAAAAGAUUGAUAGCGGUAUCAAGAUUUUUAGCAUGAGAAAGGCUGCCAAAUAA